AUGAAAUCAAUCUUUCUCCUCCUCUGUUUCACUCUCCUAACCCUCUCCUCCAACGCCCUCGUCCAGGACUUCUGCGUGGCGGACCUAACAAUCCCUGCGGGCCCAUCGGGCUACCCUUGCAAAAGCCCGUCUAACUUGACCGCGGACGACUUUGUCUUCACGGGCUUCCGCAAGGCAGGCAACACCAGCAACCUAAUCAAUGCUGCAGUGUCCCCUGCUUUUGACUCCCAAUUUCCGGGAGUUAACGGGCUCGGGCUUUCCCUGGCCCGGCUCGACCUUGCGCCAGCUGGCGUCAUCCCAAUGCACACCCACCCGGCAGGCUCAGAAAUACUGGUGGUGGUCGAGGGCACGAUUGUCACGGGUUUUGUGUCGAGCGCGAAUGCUGUGUACGUGAAGAAGCUUGUGAAGGGUGACGUCAUGGUUUUUCCACAAGGGCUGCUUCAUUUUCAGGCGAAUGGGGGAGGAAGAAAGGCGGUGGCGUUUGUGAGCUUCAGUAGCCAAAACCCGGGAUUGCAGAUUCUCGACUUUGCGCUUUUUGGGAGUACGCUGUCGUCGGCUUUGGUGGAGAAGACGACUUUUCUUGAUGACGCGCAGGUUAAGAAGCUCAAGGCCGUGCUUGGAGGGAGUGGUUGA